AUGCCCCUGAAUACAACAGAACGAUCGAAGUGGAUUUUCGUUCUUAGUACUUCAAGAGUUCUUUAUGUUGGAAAGAAAAAGAAGGGUGUUUUCCAACACUCUAAUUUCCUAUCUGGUGGUGCUACUACAGCAGCUGGUAGAUUGAUUGUUUAUGAUGAAAUUCUUGAGUCUCAUUUUGCACUGCAUGCAAUUUGUCCAUACAUCAGUCACUAUCUUCCAACAGAAGAUAAUUUCAAGAAAUUCAUCAAUUUCCUUGAGGAACACCAUGUAGAUUUGGCUAACGUUAAGGUAAUGAUACUAGCAAUGCAAAUAUUAACGUUCCAAUGUAGUGCAAAUUUUGCACCAGUACUACUGAUGCUAAUAGGCAAAUCAUUAACUUUUUACCUACAAAAUUGUGCAAUAGACAAUGAUAGACUUUUAUUGGAGUCUAACAAAGACAUGGAGAAAACCUUAUCACAAAAUUGUGAUACAGAUAAAGCUAAGGACGAUGGUAUGGUCAGUGAUGUGUUGACAAUAACUGCUCAUGAAGAAAAAUUUACACAUACCAGCAAAAACAAGACAGAAGAACCAGUUUUUGACUUGACCAAACGUUUGUCUUACAAGUGGAUAAGUGGUGUUGCUUCCUGUAUUGGUUGUGUUAGAGACUAUUCAAUUGAUCUUCAAUCUCAGGCCCUUGAAACAGUCAAUCUAUCUCCAAGAGUUCACUUGUCUCAGCCAAAGAACUAUUAUCAAAUACCUUCACAACGUCCGAGCCCAAAAAUCCUUGUAUCGCCUAGGCUUGCAUACAUGGGACUUCCAAGCCCAAGAGUUUCUGUUACUACCUCGUGA